AUGAAAUUAGAAUUAAGUGAUAUUAAAGGUCAUAUAGCCGAAUUUAGUAAAGAUCAAGUUGGAUCAAGAAUUAUUCAACAAAAAAUUGAAAAUGCUAGUCUUGAAGAGAAACAAUUGGUAUUUGAUGAGGUAGUUGUUGCCGUUCAUUCAUUAAUGACCGAUGUAUUUGGUAAUUAUGUAUUACAAAAGUUUUUCGAGCAUGGUACAACCGAACAAAAACGUAUUUUAGCCGAUAAACUUAGUGGUCAUAUCUUGUCUUUAACUCUUCAAAUGUAUGGUUGUCGUGUUAUCCAAAAGGCCAUUGAAUCAAUAGAAUUGGACAAACAAAUCCUUUUGAUUGGCGAAUUAAAUGGACAUAUUGUUCAAUGUGUCACUGAUCAAAAUGGUAACCAUGUUAUACAAAAAUGUAUUGAAAAAAUUCCAACCAAUCUCAUUCAAUUCAUCAUCGAUUCAUUCCACGGUCAUAUUUAUCAAUUAGCCACCCACCCAUAUGGUUGUCGUGUCAUUCAAAGAAUCUUGGAACAUUGCGCAGAGAGCCAAGUUGCACCAAUUCUCGAUGAAUUAAUGCGAUGUGCCGUUUCACUUGUACAGGAUCAAUACGGUAACUAUGUAAUUCAACAUGUUUUAGAGAAUGGUUCCCAACGUGAUAAAACUGCCAUUGUUUACAAACUUCAAGGUCAAAUCUAUAAUCUUAGUCAACAUAAAUUUGCCAGUAAUGUCAUUGAAAAAUGUGUUCAACAUGGUGUCUCUUCCGAAAGAAUCCUUAUCAUUAAUGAAAUAUUAGGUGACAUUAAUGCUCCAAACUCUUCAAAUGUUUUACUUAAGAUUUUGAAAGAUCCAUAUGCCAAUUACGUAAUCCAAAAGAUUUUAGAUAUUGUCGAGCCUAGUCAACGUGAUGUUAUCAUUAAUCGUAUCCAACCAUUCAUACCAACUCUCAAAAAAGUUACUCCAGGCAAACAUAUUAUAUCUAGAAUUGACAAAUAUUCAGGUCAACUAUAA